AUGGCGUACGGCCUGCCCAGAAAGAACACAGUGAAAACCAUGCUGCGGGGCAGUUAUCAAGUAGAGCAACCGUGGGAUCUUGCACAGCUUACAGAGAUGUGGUACACCAACCUGGCCAAAAUCAAGUUCCCAUUCUUGCAAGAAAUUACAUUCGGUGGUCCUGUAUACCUCAAAAAGUGUAAAUUCAGUCAGGAUAGUCUGCUUCCUGCUGCAGAAGACAUCAAACUGGAAAGGGAAAGUGAAAUGAAACACCUGAAUAAUCUGAAACACCAGGAAAAUACAGCCAAGGAAGUUCAAUUUGCUCUGAGGGGAAAGCAAGGUGGUUUGAGAAGACCUCUUCCACCUAAGUGA